CUCAGAUUUCUCGCUCAUCACACAUUCACACUCCUUCUAUUUUCUCAUAAUCAAAUGUCUGCCUUCACAAAAAGCCUCAAGGAACUUCGUGUUCACCUGUGUCAGACAUCACCUGCCAGCAAUGGGCUCAGGCAAUUUGUUGCCUCUAACUACAAUGCUGUCAAAGCUGCCAAUCCUAAUCUCCCUAUUCUUAUUCGUGAGGCCAAGGGUACAGAGGCCAAGAUCUUUGCUCGCUUCGAGCACGGCCAGGAGAAGAAAGUUCUCUUGGAUGGACUGAGUGAAAAAGAGGUUGCACAAAAGCUUGCUGACUUAGUCAAGUGAAAAAAGAAUUGCGAGUUUACGAGUGCACAAAGAAGGGAGAAGGAUUAGGAGUGCAAGGGCAGUAGCAAUAUUAGAGCUUAUAACAGCACACAACCCUUUGUACGAACAAUUAUAGCACGGAUAGUCUGUCUGUUGCCGUAAAAUUAAAAAGGCAUUAAAUUUUACGAAACGCAUUGUUGUUAUUCAAAA